UUGAAAGACCGCUGUACUCUCCUCUCGUGGGCCACCCGGCGGUCUCAUCACCGGGAGAGAGGACGGGGAGGAGGCACUGAAAGCGGCCAAAGGACGUCGUAGAGGCACCUUAAAGCAGAUAUGCAAUGUAGCUUAAUGGAGCCAUAUAGGGGUUCAGUCGUUCGCGGGACACGCUGAAAAGGGGUUUCAAGACGCUGAAAAUCUGUGGUGGCCUGACAGGAAGCAGCCCCCUUCUGUGAAAGAUGGUUGCCAUGGAGCUGAGAUAGAACCUUCCUGUUUCUCGAACCAAUCGAGGAUCGGCGUCUCGUUCGACCAUGGGUACAUGGCGCGGGCUGCGAGCGGCCUUCAUCGUGGGCUCUCUGUUCAUGAUCCUGAUGAUUAUCGUGUACUGGGACGACGUCGGCGGCUUCAGCCUCUACCCCCUGCGGGACACCCAACACGUUCAGGUCCACCCCGGUCCCGCCGGGUCCCUCGCCGCCCCCGGCUCGGUGCAGCAGCAGCAGCAGCAGCAGCAGCAGCAGCCCCCCUCCACCCGCUCCAGCCCAGGUCCCCGCCCCGGCGGCCCCCUGUCGCCCCUGGCUGACUCAAAGGACGGCUCACCCUUUCAUUCUCCCGCAGAGCCCGGCUCAGAGAAACCUCCACACGAGGACCGACACGGGGGGGAUGAGAGGACGGGGGAUGAACCGGGACAGGAGGAUAAGGGAAGGGGACAGGAGGAGAGGAAGCAGAGGAUUAUGGAUGUGUGCUCCGGGAAAACCUCUGGCGACUUCCCCGGGCGGACUCGGGCAUUCGAGCAAAUACCCAACAGAGAGCUGGACCACCUGAUAGUGGACGACACCCACCAGAUCAUCUACUGCUAUGUUCCUAAGGUAGCCUGCACCAACUGGAAGAGGGUGAUGGUGGUUCUCUCCCAGUCUCUGGUGUCCCCGUCGUCAGGGAAACCCUACACUGAACCACAGGACAUCCCAGCCGACGUGGUCCACAACAACUCCAUCCACCUGACGUUUGCCAAGUUCUGGCGUCACUACGGUUCCCUGUCGCGCCACCUGAUGGCGCUCAAGCUGCAGCACUACACCAAGUUUAUUUUUGUCCGGGACCCCUUCGUACGUCUCAUAUCAGCCUACAGGAACAAGUUUGAAAGCGCCAACGAGAACUUCUACCGGCAGUUUGGUUCGGUCAUGCUGCGUCGCUAUGGUAACGCGACAGGGGACGUCCCAGAGAGCGCGGCGGACGCCUUCGCUGCGGGGGUCAGGCCCUCGUUUCAGCAGUUCAUCACAUACCUCCUGGACGCAGACACCGAGAAGGAGGCUGUCUUUAAUGAGCACUGGCGGCAGAUCUACCGUCUGUGCCACCCAUGCCAGGUCCAAUAUGACUUUGUCGGUCACCUGGAAACCCUGGAGGCGGACUCGAAACAGCUGCUGAGGAUGCUGGGAGUGGAUCAGUGGAUUCACUUCCCCACCGGCGCGCGCAACCGCACCGCCAGCAGCUGGAAACGGGAUUGGUUCUCCCACAUCCCCAUCGCGGAAAGGGAAGCGCUUUACAAGCUGUACCAGCCUGACUUUGAGCUCUUCGGAUACCCCAAGCCCGAGCGGGACCUUUGAGAGCCAAGGCGGCGAGAUGCCCGUGGGGCACCGACGCUUAUACGCCUCCAUACGCGCACAGCGUCGCCUCUUUUCAGCCGGGAUAAAGGGGAUGCCACCGCAGCGCUGUCUAUAACCAUAGCUUCCCCCGUACCUUACACGAUGUAAGUGCCUCCGCCAGAAUUAUUUAUUAAACUAGGUCCAUUCCCCCCCCCCCCCCCCCCCCCCCCCCCCUCACUCUGCCUUCAGCCAGCCCUAACGCACCAGUCCGCACCAGGGUUCAGGGCACGCGCACUUGCAAGAUAAUUUAUUUCUACUUUGGUUCAUUUGUAUAGCAAACUGGACGACAUUUUUGUGACGCCCUGCUCUGUUCCUUGAGCGCUAGGCCUAUUCCUCCCUCUGUCUGUAGGGUAUUGUAUAUGACGCCACCUUGGAAGGGAGUUUUGCGAUGAUUGUGGAUGAUCAGGGUGUGGAGCAUGACUGUUUUAUCCAAGACGGGUUGCCUCUUGCAGGUACUGCGUCCGGUCAAGUGGUGGUGCAUACCCAAUCUGUUGGUACUCCUUUUGAGCACCUGAUCAUUGACUGCUUUGGGCCCCUGCCAAAGUCUAAGUCUGGCAUUGAGUUGAAGCGAGAUUGGGCAUGGCUCUUGCUGGCGGCACAGGCGGUCGCGCAGGAAAGUAAGUCUACGGGAUUUGGUCCUAGUGACCUCGUCUUUGGUCACAGGGUGCGGACACCUCUGUCUGUCUUGGGCAGUGAGUUGGGCGGUACAGAACCACCAGAGAGCUUGGCCGACCAUGUCCAAGGUUUUCGUCGCAAGCUGAUCCUUGCAUGGAAGACUGCGAGCGAAAAUCUGGGUCGUUCUCUUAAGAGAAGGAAGACACCGUAUGACCGUGGCCGGGAAAAUGUAAUGCAGUGAGGGUGUCUGUCUGUCUGUCUCAUGUCGUGUUCGGCUUCAGGUGUCCCGAAUGGAUAAAAUAACUUUUGUAAUGUUUUUCCCAGAAGCCAAUGAGGUAGGCUCCUGUCUUUUGGGGGGGAGUGAUGUGACGCCCUGCUCUGUUCCUUGAGCGCUAGGCCUAUUCCUCCCUCUGCCUGUAGGGUAUUGUAUGUUGUUUGUGUAUUGUACUGCUCUCUUUGGCCUGCAGGAGGAGCUUGAGUGUUCCUGGCAUAAUGAGGGAAUUGCGGGCAGCUGUGUUCGGACUGCCGGGGAUAUAGGAAGUGUCCUGUGGCCCAUUCGCUCUCUCUCCAGACGCGGGUUGACGGCUGGAUGCGGCGGUUCGCAUCGUCUUCUCUGCGCCUGUGUUGUAUUAUGGAAUCGUGCCUGUCAAUAAAUAUAGUAUAUUGUAACGAACGUUACCCGACGGUGUCUGUCUCCCUAUGUCAACGCCUUUGAGCCAAGGCGUUUGUGACAUUUUGUAAAACUCAUGACACUGUCAAGGCUGGAGUGUUAUAUGAAGGUGUGUGGCAGAGAAAUAAAGUUUUUUUUGGGUAAAAUA